CUCUGCUGCCGGCCGGGACAUUUUUCCUUAACACCUUGAACGCAGAUCUCCUGCCCUGGGCUACUGGGAACGGGAAGGGCUGUGUUUCCCUUUUCUCGGUGCCAAGGGCAGGAAGCAUGCGGCGCCUCUGGUCUCUGCAGACUCCCAAACCUUGCCCCGCGCUUAACAUUCUCUCUCACUCCUUUACCCCAUCCCCCCGCCGCCUCCAUCUACUGCGGGAUUCCAAGACACAAAGUUUCAUAUAGGGUCUGAGUUUUCAGGGUGUCCUCAGGAGGAGUCGUGUUUGCACUCCGAGCUGAGGAGCUGAGUGGGCACGACUGACCUGCCACCUUGCCUUUGUUGCAAGGGGGAGGAGCCCUGAGCUUUGAGUCCAGACAAACUGUGAGGAUGUCCCUUUAACGUUUAUGUUUGCAAACUGAGUCCUGGGCCUGGGUGGUGGUUGGGCUGCCUGGCCCCUCCUCCCAGGGUGGCAUUAACUCCCUCCCUUCACUGGUAAAAUUCCCAGUAGGACAUUUGGCAGAAGAUCUGGGCAGGGAGCUGCCAACCAGGCCUGGCCCUGUCUCCUGGGUUCCCAGGAUGCUGGCUUCUCCCCUACCCUGACUUCUCCCACCUUAGGGCCCCAAGUGAAGGCACCAUCCCUCCCAUCCCAUCUUCCUCAGGCGGGUUGGGACUCGCAAAGUGAUCUAACAAGAAGAGAAGGAAAAUAACAACAGAGUAACUGUAAGAGGAAGGAAUGAGUAAUAAAGCCGACCCAGGCAGGGAGGAGGGCUUUUAUGUUUAAGAGAUGCUAUUUGCUUUUUAGGUCACAGGCUGCAAAAACAGGCUUUGAUCCGAAGUGGGCGAAUAAUUUAUUGAGAAAGUUUGCAUGGUAGGGGAAAAAAGGGAUGUUUGUUUGAUCUGGAGGCCUCUCAGUUGUCCCAAGUGCUGUUGGCUGUUGUUUAGAGUGGAAAAGCAUUUGGUUCCACAGCAAAUGCCUCACCGAGGGAAGUCCUCGCCCCAGGCAGCAAGACUUGCAGUGAAUGUUGGUUUUGAAAUUGUUUAGCCAAGGGUCUCCCCAGCACUUUUGGAGUUGAAGUGUUUAAGGAUAGAGUUGUUUGGGCUCGGGAUGCAGCAAAUGUGUCCAGAACAUUUCCCAUCCAAUAGGCUUUUCCUUUCCCUAAAUUGCCUGGCUAAACAGCCAAUAACACUGAUCCAAGAGGCUGUCAGAAAUCUCCACGUAGCUUUCGUUGACAGGUGAGGUGGGACUGCUGAUCCCCAGUCCCCAAGUCCUUCCAGAAUCAUGAGGUUAGGCUUUUGACACUGAUUUCCACAUCCUUGAGGUUGGGGGCAAGGUAUUCUGGUUAAUCAGUGUUCCAGUUAACAGGGAGGUACUUGUCUUAUACCCAAGACCCAAGUCAGAGGCUUCUAGUCCAAAUUCUUAACAGCUCAUCCAGCAGGCUCUUUGUGGGGCUCACAGUUUUCCCUUUAGGUUCUCCAAGGGGAGGCCAAGUCAGAGUUAUGAGGAGGAGGGUACCCCUUGCUUGCCCUGUCCUCCACAUAGGACCCUCACUAUGUGUCUCAAAGAUGAGGAACCCGGGAAGAUUCUCAGACAGCCCAUAGGAAUCUGGAAUACCCCAGCCAUACCUGGGAGUUGUAGGUCUGUGCACUGUACACUGUACCCCCUGGGGGGUGGGGAGGGGGGCAAGGUGCACUAUUUGGAGCCAGACAGUCUAGGUUUGAAUGCUAGCUUUGCAGUCACCAGCUGUGGCAAUUGCUCUGUGCCUCAGUUUCUUCAUCUACAAUUGAGGUUAAUAACAGUACCUACCUCAUGGUGGGUGUGUGGAUUAAACGAUAUAUUGCAUAAAGAAGACUAAGCACAAAGCCAGGCAUGUGGCUAGGCCAGAGAGCCAGCUCCCUUCUCUGAAGAAGGGAUCAGAAGGACCCUGCAGUUGCCAAUGGGCAGCCAUCCAUGGGAGUGAGUGGACUGAGCUUUGCCCUCUCUGAGGUGGAGGGUAGGGUGCGAAGGUGCUGAAGGACAAAGUAGACAAAGCCCCUUUCUGUCUCCCAGGAUCCCCUUGAUUAUUCUGGCUGCUGUGUGGAUCUUGGAUUAUGAGGGAGCCAUAGCGGAAGCUGGAAGAUGAAUGAGGAGUCCUGCAAGAGAUGAGACUGGCUUGGACCAGUAUGGUAGCAGUAGAGAUAGGGGAAAGAUGGAAGAGAAGAGGCGAAAGUACUCCAUCAGCAGCGACAACUCUGACACCACCGACAGUCACGCUACAUCUGCAUCAAGAUGCUCCAAACUACCCAGCAGCACCAAAUCAGGCUGGCCCCGGCAGAACGAAAAGAAACCCUCAGAGGUUUUCCGGACAGACUUGAUCACAGCCAUGAAGAUUCCAGACUCAUACCAGCUCAGCCCGGAUGACUACUAUAUCCUGGCAGACCCAUGGCGACAGGAAUGGGAGAAAGGUGUGCAGGUGCCCGCCGGGGCAGAGGCCAUUCCAGAGCCCGUGGUGAGGAUUCUUCCACCAUUGGAAGGCCCCCCUACCCAGGUGUCCCCUAGCGGCUCCGAACUUGGUGAGGGCUCCCAGCCUGAUUGGCCAGGGGGCAGCCGCUAUGACCUGGACGAGAUUGACGCCUACUGGCUGGAACUCAUCAACUCGGAGCUCAAGGAGAUGGAGAGGCCAGAGCUGGAUGAGCUGACGCUCGAGCGCGUGCUGGAGGAGCUGGAGACUCUGUGCCACCAGAACAUGGCGCGGGCCAUCGAGACGCAGGAGGGGCUGGGCAUCGAGUAUGAUGAGGAUGUCGUCUGUGACGUGUGCCGCUCUCCCGAGGGUGAAGAUGGCAACGAGAUGGUCUUCUGCGACAAAUGCAACGUCUGCGUGCACCAGGCAUGCUACGGGAUCCUCAAGGUGCCCACGGGCAGCUGGUUGUGCCGGACGUGUGCCCUGGGUGUCCAGCCGAAGUGCCUGCUCUGCCCCAAGCGAGGAGGAGCCUUGAAGCCCACUAGAAGUGGGACCAAGUGGGUGCACGUCAGCUGCGCUCUGUGGAUUCCUGAGGUCAGCAUCGGGUGCCCCGAGAAGAUGGAGCCCAUCACCAAGAUCUCGCAUAUCCCAGCCAGCCGCUGGGCUCUGUCCUGCAGCCUCUGCAAGGAGUGCACGGGCACCUGCAUCCAGUGUUCCAUGCCUUCCUGCGUCACGGCAUUCCACGUCACAUGCGCCUUUGACCACAGCCUGGAAAUGAGGACUAUAUUAGCAGACAACGACGAGGUCAAGUUCAAGUCGUUCUGCCAGGAGCACAGUGAUGGGGGCCCACGGGGUGAAACCACGUCCGAACCCGUGGAGCCCAGCCCAGCCAGCGAGGACCUGGAGAAGGUGACCCUGCGCAAGCAACGGCUGCAGCAGCUGGAGGAAGACUUCUAUGAGCUGGUGGAGCCGGCCGAGGUGGCCGAGCGCCUGGACCUGGCUGAGGCGCUGGUCGACUUCAUCUACCAGUACUGGAAGCUGAAGAGGAAAGCCAACGCCAACCAGCCACUGCUGACGCCCAAGACCGACGAGGUGGACAACCUGGCCCAGCAGGAGCAGGACGUCCUCUACCGCCGCCUGAAGCUCUUCACGCACCUGCGGCAGGACCUGGAGAGAGUUAGAAAUCUGUGCUACAUGGUGACAAGGCGCGAGAGAACGAAACACGCCAUCUGCAAACUCCAGGAGCAGAUAUUCCACCUGCAGAUGAAACUUAUUGAACAGGAUCUGUGUCGAGAGCGGUCUGGGAGGAGAGCAAAGGGCAAGAAGAGCGACUCGAAAAGGAAAGGCCGCGAGGGUCCGAAGGGCAGCCCCGAGAAGAAAGAGAAAGUGAAGGCAGGGUCCGACUCAGUCCUGGGGCAGCUUGGCCUGUCCACUUCAUUCCCCAUCGACGGCACCUUCUUCAACAGCUGGCUGGCGCAGUCGGUGCAGAUCACGGCAGAGAACAUGGCCAUGAGCGAGUGGUCGUUAAACAAUGGGCACCGCGAGGACCCUGCUCCGGGGCUGCUGUCGGAGGAGCUGCUGCAGGACGAGGAGACGCUGCUGAGCUUCAUGCGGGACCCCUCACUGCGACCUGGCGACCCUGCCAGGAAGGCCCGUGGCCGCACCCGCCUGCCUGCCAAGAAGAAACCACCACAGGAUGGGCCCGGUUCACGGACGACUCCAGACAAAACCCCCAAGAAGCCCUGGGGCCAGGAUGCUGGCAGCGGCAAGGGGGGUCAGGGGCCACCUGCCAGGAAGCCACCACGGCGAACGCCUUCUCACCUGCCAUCCAGUCCUACAGCCGAGGACUGUCCUAUCCCAGCAGCUCCCGAGAGCCCCCCACCGCCGGCCCCCGAGACCCCGGACGAGGCAGCCCCAAUAGCUGCCGACUCGAAUGUCCAAGUGCCUGGCCCUACGGCGAGUUCCAAGCCCUCAGGCCGGCUCCGGCCGCCCCGCGAGAGCAGGGGAACCCGGAGAUCGCCAAGUGCCAGGCCUGAUGCCGGGACAGGACCGCCUUCUGCUGUGGCCGAGAGGCCAAAGCCAGAACUUCUCCAACAAGAACCUUGCAAAAGUCCAGUGAAUCAGUCGAAUCAUUCUGUGGAUGCCAAAGAAUAUUUUGACCAUAAUACAGCACAGCCUGGACCUGACAACUUGUCACUUGGACUUUUUUUUAAAUGGAGCUCUUUAGCAACCAAGUAUAGAAACAUGUUCAUUGCACACGUCCAAGAGGCGAGCCCAAGCUCUUGGACGAGGAUGCUGUUCUGCUGCUGGUGUUGGAUUUCAGAUCCCCGGGCUGGGCCCACUGUGAGCUCUCCUGAACUCUGAGACUCACUGUGGGAGGAGACUGAUGGCGAAACCAGCGUGGCAAAAGUGUUACCAUGGGGUUGCCCCCACGUGACACACAAAGCGCAAAUCAGCGGGAUGGGGAAGCAGCUCGAGCACCCAUCCCCGACUCCAAAUUUUCAAGGUACGACAGUGGCAUGAUCAUCGACACUCAGUUUCAUGUGAAUUUUAUCAAAACAGGAAACAAAGACAACGACUAAGUUUAAAGGGUCGGACAGAUUUGUCCAGUCGGAGCAGACUCGGAGUGGGCUUCGAGGACUCUGGGCGUUGGGCUGGCAUGAGCUACCAUGUAGAGUUUAGUCUGCCUGCCCGCCCACCUUGGUAGUAGUGGCCAGUGCAGUGUCAGCAUCAGCGUCCCAACCCCAUUCUCUGUUUACUGCCUUUGAAUAGACCUUCCUUCCCAGUGCUUCGGGUCACCUCGGGCCACAACCUUGUCUGUGCUGGAUUGCUCGGUCUGACCUCACAGGAAGCAAAGGGACGAGCUUUCAAGAACAACCAAACUCUGCCGGGGGAUGGGGGUGCCAGGAAUGGCUCAGGUCCGGUAGACCCAGUACUUGCCUGUUUACCCUUCAUCCAUCCUGAGGCAGAGUCUGGGCUCCCUGGGGGUGAGGCUAGGGAGAGAACCAGGGUGGGAAGGUAGUGGGUCUGGCCAGGCUCUGGACUGGGUGGGCCAGGCCAGGCAGCCAGCACUCUUCAGAGGGGCUCUACUCAAGUCGGCCUCUGGAUUCCGACCCUCUUCCCGAUUGGCUCUUGCUUUGGAUUGAACUAUCCCCGGGGCCCACAUCCUGCACGGAGUCCAAGUGUCUGUAAGGCUGGCUGGCCGGGGUCUCCCAGGCCACGCCCUAGAGCUGUCCUUGCCUGGCAGCUGUCCAUCCCUAGGAUGUCCACCGGGCUGCAAGAGGACAAGGAUACCGGUUCCCACUGCUGGCCUUUCUGCUAUUAGCCACGGCCCCUUCGCUCUUUUUCCAGCCUGCCGACGGCUUUGCCGCCUCGGAGGUUAAGAUGGGAAGCUGGGAAGAAGGCAGCAGGCCUUUUCCAGACCAGAGGCUGAGGCAGAUCUUUUGCUUGACCGUGUCUGCCCACACUCACUGGCCCUCCUCAGGGAGGGAGAAGCUGCUCUGGAACUCAUCCGGGCUGUCACCACCCUCCCAGUCCCCACUGCCCACCUCCUUCCCCCUCAUCACAGUGAGAGAGGAUAAUGUGCGAGGAAAGUAUUUUUAUGGAUCAUAAAUGUAUUUUAGAACAAAUAAGGAGAAGAAAGGUAGAAGGGUUUAUUUUACUAAAUGAGCUCUGACUCAGUGACAGUGUGUGAGCAUUUGCAGUGUAAAGGUCUCAGGUUCCUUGGAGAAGCCACCCAGGUUUCCAAACAUGGGUGUUGGACUGUGGAUGUGUGAGCCUGUUCCAGAGCACACCUUGUGUGUGUCCGAGUGCAUGCGUAUCUGUGUGUGUCGUGUAUGGGCACACGAUGGGACUUGGGGGACAAUUUCUAGAGAAUCACCUGCUCGAUUCUAACAGACAUUGGCAGCAGCUGGAUUUGGCAUUUCCUUGCUUACUGCCAGAUGUGGCCAACCUCUGCCCAUACCCGAAGCUCUGUAGAAUGGCCUGGGUGCCUGUAGCAAGGCCCUUGGGGAAGCCACUUCCCAUGCCCCUGGCCCAGCUGGCCACAUUGGCCAAAGAGUCAGGCUGGAGUCUGGGACCUUUGGUUGUUCUUUAAGGCACUUCCUGCUACUUUGUCCCUCAGAUGCACAACACUCUGUGCUCCACAUCGGCUCGGGGUGGGGGGAUGAUAUGAAUGUCACAGGAGGAGACACCUUCUGUCUUUGUUUCAAUGAAAGUGAUGUGCCAUUUGUUAAUAUACAAGAGAAAUAUUGAAAAUAUAUUGAAAAGAGCAAUUUUAAAUUAUUUUUGGCUUAUGUUGCAAUAUUUAUUUUCUUGUAUUAGAAAAGAUUCCUUUGUAGAGAAAAAAAUGUAUUUUUCAUUAACGCAAAAACCUAUUUCUCCUUUUUGUACAUUGUCCAUGUUCGCUACCCUUCACGAGCAAUAGAAUGUAUGGCCGCCUGGGGGUGGCCGGUGCCCGCGUGCCCUGCAUGAUUCUGUGUUGCCGCUGCCGCGUAGCUCCCAGUCCCAUCCUGUCCUGCUCACUCAUGGGGGUCUUCCAGAGCCCAGCCCCCACUAUGGCCCGUGUCUUCAGGACCCCUCUGCACUCCUCGUGUGUUGGCAAACGCAGUUAAUAAAGCGAUGUUUUCUGUG